GCACUGAUCGAUAUGGAGGGGCGGCGGACGCAAUCCAAGGACGUGGUAGUAGCUGGCGCUUCGACCGAUACCACCCCUGCCUGCGCUGCCGCCGAGGGUUUAUCAGUGCGAACCGCGACGUCGACGUGGAAGCGUCGUCAACGGCGCCGAGCCAUUUUCCGGGCCUUCCCUCGUCCUUGCUUUCAAACUGGGUCAAUCCCUCGUGCGCGCACCAACUACUCCCGCCACGCAAGCACCUUUUUUUAUACCCUCAAGGAUCGCUUUCCUUACAUUCGACAAAGUUCAAUUCUUCCCGCAAAUAGGUAGGCGCCUUUUCCUCCUCGCAAAUUCGCUCCUUUUUUAGAUGCGUUCCUUCGGCAGGCGAGCGCGCGCGCGCGCGCGCGCGUUAUUCGAAUUUAGGUAGAUAUACGCGUGCUGCAUCCCUGGCAUUUGUCGUUCGAUGGACCGACCGCCGGGUCGCUCAUACGCGAUUCCCUAACCAGGUCAAGCGUGCUCUUUUUCAACCUGACCUUCGUUAGUUAUGCCUAAUCCAAGAGAUUCUUUUGCAUAUUCUUUAUUUUUAUUUAAACCAACGCUUCGCGACAGAGUUCUUUUAACGAAAGUUUCGCGUUCGGAAAUAUUUGCUCAAGAUGGAGAGCCUCCUCCAUCGAUCGACUCGAAAGACGUUCGAGCGGCAAAAGAAAAAAAACAACAUUUUUUUUCUCUUCUCGCUCCGAUACCUUUUCUUUCUUCCUCUUGUUCCUAGUUGGCGCGCGUUUUUUCUUCCCUCUUUCCUCGCUCGGACCCUUUUUUCCACGUAGAACCAUGUCUUUAGGUACGCGAAAGGAUAACGAGGAGAAGAAUGCAUCUCUAACGAAUUUCAAAGAUAAUUGAAAGUGAUCGUGGGGAAAAGAAGAAAAGGAAGAAAAGGGAACAUUUCGAGAGAAGAAGAAAAGAAGGAGAGAGAGAGAGAGAGAGCAGCAGACGGGGGAGGAAGGGGGCAAAAGUUUGACGAAAUGUCAGUUCGUGCCGAGACUCGUCGGAGCAAGGCUCCGUCUCUUCUUCGGUGUAACGACGUUGCGGAAGGUUGCGCCAAAUUUGUCGGUAUUCCAGACGUGAACUGGCUGAUUUGUUCCUGCGUUCUAAUGGCGACGGCGGUCCUUUCCUGCCGGCGAAGCGAAUUUCAAUGCAACAACGGCCAUUGCGUCCCGCUGAACAAGAUUUGCAACGUCGUCGACGACUGCGGAGACGGAAGCGACGAAGUCCGUCAAUGUUCGCCCUGCAACAAAACGUACUUUGGCGAUGUAGGAAAAACCUACAGUUUGGAAUUGCAUCGACCGAAGGAAGACAAGGUGCCUUACAUUUGCAAGCUUACCUUUAGCGCACCCGGCGGAGAUCUCGGGGAUAUAAUACAGCUCAACUUCGACAGCUUCACACUUGGCAAAUUCGUUUCGUUCACCGCGGAAGGAUGCCCAGACGGAUCGUUGCAAAUCUCGGAAGCGGAACGUCCCGACGUAGGAGGACUUUGGUGCGGCACGACGAGGGAUCCAGCCAUUUACUACAGCGAGACGUCCACCGUCUCUAUAACUCUCAAACUUCUCCGACUCAGCAAGGAUCAAAAGGCAUUCAAUUUCGAUUUUCGAAUGGCAUACAAAAUGAUUAGAAAAUCCGACGCCGUUGUACGCUACGGGAAUCCUUUCGUAGGAAUGACGCAGGUGACGACAACGACGACGGCGACAACUUCGGCGACGUUGACGGCGAUGACUACGACGUCGGCGGCGGCGACGACGACGACGAAUACAGAAGACAGGCCGACCGCCGAAUACGCUAAUACUUCCAUGGCGAUGCUGAUGGUCGAACAACACGCGGUGAUCCCAACGAAAUCAAGCUCGGAGCAGUACCUCGGGGAUCUCAUCUCCGGCACUUACUGCUCCAGGAUAUUCAGCGAUUGCGACCAAAAGAAGUGCAGACUGCAAUCUCCGAACUUUCCUGGCCUUUAUCCGCGUAAUCUCACCUGUUACUACGCGGUAAGGCAGCACGAGGUACCGCCGGGGAAAUACGCCUUAAUUUCGGUCGGACAACCGAGAGGUCAAUUGGUUGCCGUAAGGUCCAGACCAGCGACGCAAGCCGAAUCCCCGCCACGCGAACUCCACCUCUGGCAAGAUUGCGACGUCAUUCAGGAUUACGUGACGGUCUACGAUGGUUAUACCACGAGGGAUCCGGUGAUACUGAAAUUUUGCGGUGGCGGAGAACCAGUGCCCGAGGCAACGAGUAGCGGACCAGAAAUUCUCGUCGAGUUCACAACCUCCCCUUACGGUACUUUUCUACAUCCGACGCCGCAACGUUCCUUGCACGGAUUCCAAUUAGAAGUCCAGGUAAAAUUCGUCGACGUCGAUUCCCCGACCUACGCGAAGAACAAGCGUUGCGAAUUUUGGUUGAAAGGUAACAGCGGAGGAGUACUAGAAUCUCCGCGUCAUUCUCUACCGAGAAACAGUAGCUGCCUUUAUCAUUUACGCGGUGCCGGACCUACUUUGCCCAGCCCUACGCCUCCGCGUCCUUUACCAAAAUUCCCAGAGCAACGUCCUGGCACGGUAUGGCGAAGACCGGCACCGGCCCCACCGCAACCACAGUUUCGCGUCUGGUUGUCGAUUUUAAAGUUUCACGUUGGCAUCACCGCAUCUACCGGCACCGACGAGGAUUGUUCGACGACUCUGAUGGUUUGGGACGGAGAAAUGAUGCCCCUUGGGGAGUGCAACGAAGCUUGCGAGAAAGAACGUCAACGGUACAUAGAUAAACUCGGAGAAGCGACUUCGCUAGUUGCCACACGUCCCGCCAACAAUACGACUCUCCUUGCCAGGUAUUGCAAAGACAAGGUUCCGAGAACUUGCGACCAUGCGAUUCUUCAAAAUGUCAGUCGUCCUUGUUCCCUCGGAGAAAGCUUCGUAUCCUCCAGCAACAGCUUGACCAUAGAGAUGCGCAUGAUCGAAUCUACCGCUCUGAGGCCCGUCAACUUCCGAGCUCUGUACGAGUUCGUCGAUCUCCAUCAGGAUGGCGAAGCUUACGGCAGCGGCCCGUGUUCGCGCGCUUUCUACAGCAGGAAUCGCGACACCUACCCGGAUCGUAGAUUUCAAGGACCUCGCGACAUUUUUCUCUUUGGUCGAGGCGGAUCGAAAAAUCUCAGCUGCGUGUACCGCUUCGAGGGUGAACACGACGAGGUCGUCAAGCUGCGGUUCAACAGACUUCUCAACGGCAACCGAACCUGUCGCAGCGUCUCCUCUUCCGAUUUCAAUCGUCUCCUUUGCAUCGGAUCCGAUAACUUCUCUCUCAAAGUACUCGAUCUCCCAUGGCCUAACGCACCCGCCGUUCAACGCGACUGCUUUUGCUCGAAUCGUUCUCUUCCUAUGAACAUCAAAUCCACCUCGAACAUAGUCGAAGUACACCUGACGGUAACGUCUAUGAACUCUCUGGACGACUACAACAACAUCUUCUUCGAGGGUACUUGGGACUUUGUCAAAACGACUCCGUGUUUGCAAAAGCGCCGCGUAAGAGGACCUUCGGGAGUGAUCAAAUACAGAUGGCCGCUCAACGACGAAGACGAGAGAAAUUGCGAGAAGCAGCCUUGGCUGAUCGACCCGGCCCCGGGACAAUAUCUCUACGUGAAAACGCACGGUUCGAUAAUGACGAGACCUGGGAAAAGUCAAUGCUUGACGAAGAAUCGCAUCGUUUUCCAUACCGGAGGAAAACUUCGCGCUUCGGUAUGCCCGCAACCGGUAGAGGAUUCGAGGCAACAAGUCGUGGAAAUUUUCAGCGAUGGCUGGUCCGUCGGUAGAACCAACUUUAUCCCGGUACCCGGUCGAGAUCCCGUUAGAACUGUCGCCGUAGAGUUCCUAAUCUCCGAGCCAGAAUCGUACGGCGUCACGUGGCUCGAGCUUACCAGAAGGCCAGCAAUAACGUCAACGGCAGGACUACAAAUGACUCGAGACUGCGAACAACGAUGUCCGGAAUUGGACGCGUGCAUAAACGCUUCCCUGUGGUGCGACGGAGUCUCCCACUGUCCCUCGGGCUACGACGAGGCUUUGACGCAUUGCUCCAUGCUCCUACAAUUGCCACCGUUGCAUCUGGCCCUUGGAGUUUUGGCCAUCCUGACGAUCCUCGCGGUGAUCUUCCUGGUCGUUUGGCGAGUUUGCCGGCAACGGACCAGCCGCUCGAUAUCUCAGCACCGAUUGAAGAGCAUCUCCUCGGAGACGGCGAUAAUCGAGGGAAAGGAAGUGAUCUGCUGACACAGCGACAGUUCUGUGCGAUACGUCGAAGUCGACCGCGUUACCACCGUGUGACGAUCGCCAUCGUCCACCUCCUCGAACCUUUCAAAGAGUCUUUUUCCUUCGAAACAGCUGGUGUUAUAUAUCCUUUUCGAAAUAGGACUCUUGGAAGUGGCUCGGCUUGGCGCAGCGCGACGUAACGCGCAGAACUCUACGUCUCUUUCCGAAAUAUUUUCGAUUUAAGCAACCGAGCGAACCUACUGACUUUGAAAAGUAGACGACGACGACGACGACGACGACGACGGCGACGGUCGACUGCUCGCUCGCUCGGAUCGUCAUCGAAACUCUUUGACAGAACGGAUCUCGCGUAUUUCUUUUUCCUCCGUGCGCGAAUGCUUCCGUGUUGCGUAAACGUUGAAAUGUCUUCAAAGGGAGACGACGAAAUUGACAUGUUUCUAGGAACGACGAGAGAAUGCUUUCUCUCUCCACUUGGAACGAGAUUAUCGAUCCAACAAACUACGAGUUUGUCAAACUUUAGCAACGUCGCUUCGACUUCCAAGUUCUAGCAACUGGAGACAACCGUUUACCGUUACACCGCGGAGAAUAUUAAAUCGCGAAAAAUGACCGAACUGUUUUAACGAGGACAAUAAGUAAUAAAAUCCUAGUAAUAUCCCACCGUUAUGAUAGUAUAGAUUUUCGCGUAUCGGGACGACGCGACGUCUCGUUGAACCUUACGAGCAUCCAUAACUUUUCGAUACCGCAAACUAAUUUUCUUUCCCCUUGAUAACGAUAUAAGAAAAAGUUACUGCAUCGUUAGUCAAUUCCUUUACCGAUCUUGUUCGCUUUUAUUUUAACAGCCCAGAGGUUCAUCGAUACUCCCCCACCGCUCGAUCCUUGAUACGUAUAUUCGAAGAAGAAGUAAUUCGAGAACGAUCCGAGACGUCGAGCACUCUACGCGUCUAACGUCCUAAUGAACAAGAGAAAAGAGACAAAUCUAUGUAUCUGGCCCCCCUUCGUGUCGACUCUGUAAUAAGAUAAGAAGAGAAAGAAACAAAUAACGAGGAAAAUGAUAUUGCGAACCGAAGGAUAAUAAUGUAUUUCGACUAGAGAGGAAACUUUCAAAAGUGAAAUGAAUUUCGAUUGGAGGGGGCUGGACGAUACGGUUGGUAGAGAAUCGCGUAGUUUCAAAUGAUGUGAUAAAUAUAUACGAUGCUGUUUUCCUCGAAGCUGUGCUUCGAAAUUAUUGUUACGCCCGAUGAUGCGACGUCGAUGGAAAAUAAAAGGUAAAUGGAAAUCCUCCCGGAGUAUUCGAAGUAUCGGCGUCGUUGUCACGGCUUGUACACCUUGUUCAUAAUUGUAAAUAAUUGAUUAUUGACCUAUUUAUAUAACAGUUGAAAACGCUACUCGUGCACGCGUUUGCCUCCGUUUGCGAAUUAUUUUCUUUAUUUCCCCUACAGACGUUUGAUGCGACGUGACGCGACGCGACGCGACGCAACGGAGACCGGCAACGUGCCGCUUUACUACUAAUCGAUAAGUAUGAAUUUCAAGGCGAACAGAGAGAAACGCGAAUUCUUCGGCAGGAGAAAAGAAAAUAUACACCAAUACGAAUUCGAGCGAAUGAGAUAGCGGUUGCGAUCGAUUCGGAAUUAUCCGUCAAAUGCAUAUAUAUGUACUAUACGUAUUUUCAGCUAGCCAAAAUCACCGCCAUUCUUUUCGUCAUUAACGACAAAUCAAAGUUGAUUGGCGAAGGGUCGCGUUAAAUUAAGGGACGCUAAAAAUAAACGACCCUCCACGACACGUUAAAAGAGGACAAUCCUACGACAUUGGUCGGAGCAGUAAGUAUCGUUUUCGGCCAAAAGAAAUCGGUACGCGCGCGUAACGCGCCUAUUAUUUCUUCAAUCGUUACUUAUAGCUUCUUUUUCUACUUCUUCGUUCGCUAAUCCAAAAGUAACUAACGAAACUUACGCAAAGCUAUUCGUUUUUAUCAAGAACAAUCCAGAGAACAUAAGACUGAUCGUGUUUCGAGGCACUUACUUCAGCGUCAAUGAAAACAUUUCUUUUCUCAUCGUGAAAUAUCAACGAAAAUGUGAUCCUUCAAACUACUGCCACGUAUUCGUGUUCGUAUUCGAUACGUAUGUAUGUACAUACGCGCAAAGUUUUUUAACCAAAAUUCUUUGAUAUUCAAACCGAGAAAGCUCGAGGGAAAAAGGCCGCAAUCGGCGUUCCAUUUUCUACAAUAUCGCGGGCUCCGAGAGUGUAAAAAAGAAAGUACAAAAGUAAAGAAAAAAAAAAAAAAAAAAAAAAAAAGUUGAUUUCGAACGGAGAAACGUAUCGUGCGUCGACGAUGUACAUACAUACAUAGCAACGUUUAUAAGUUCUUUUCGAGACGACGAGCGAGCAUAAUUAACUAACGAAGAAACAGGGUCGCUCGAGUAGGAUAAUUUGCGUGCACGCGCGUUAUAUCGCCUUUGUUCUUUCUGUUAUACUUACAUUAGGAGCUUUCUCGUUAAAACUCCGCAUCGGCCGAAGAAAGCAGCACAAACCGUUCGAUAUACGAGAAGGUAUGCUAAUACCGUAACAUCGGCCUUUUUGCGUUCUAUUCGUGUGACAACGGGAGGAAUAAUUUACAUACUCGUUAAUACUUACAAAAGGCACAAAAUAAGUUUAGAAUAAGUAUCGCAUUGUCGCCGAGAUAUUUCGCUUUUUUGUCAAAUUGUUAUCCGAAACGGAUUCUAAUAAUUCGAUGUCUAAACAAUGAUUUAAUCCAAGGUAUUUGCUUGAGGAGGAUAAUUUUUCGAAAACGCAGAGUUCUUUGGAGUGCAAUAAAAGGGGGAAAAAAGAGAGAGAGGCGAAAACGCGUCAACUCGUAGGUGGAGGGUCGUUCGCUGAAGAAACUCGCGUGUAUCGAUCGUACGAGCGCACAGCAACGCGAAACAACGAGCAACAACAACGGUCAUUCGAGCGCUAAACUUGGUGCGACGAGCUCUCGUCACUCGGUAACAAGGAAAACUUCGUUAGGACAUUCUUUUUGCUCUUUCGCCAUCGAUCCUUUCCUUUUUCGAUCCAUCGCACCAGCCUUGCGCCGACUCCUACACCACUUACGACCCUCGACAAUCCUUUUUUCGAAUUUAUAUUCUAUUAUCAUUCCGUAAUCCCGUCCUCUCGCUUUUUCAUUACUCCUCGACGAAAGAUUAGAAAUUUCACGAAGCUCCUCUCUUGUAAAUAAUUCUCUUCUAGCUCGUAAGAAUUUUAAAAGCUCUAGAGAAGCCGAGUGUAAGCCGUAUAAUACAAAUAUAUUAUUAAUUAUAAUAAUAAUAAUAUUAAUAAUACUACUACUACUACUAAUAAUAAUAAUAAUGAAUAAAAUAAUAAUUAUAAUAAUAAUAAUCACGUAGACGAAUAGUCGUUAUUAUCACGAUGUGAACCAUAUCCAAAAACGCGUUUAGAUCGUUUAAAUGUCGGCACCGAAAGAACCUCAUUCUUUUGUCUCGUGUAUCGACAAAUAUUAUGAUGAAAUCGAUUAACGAUACGAGAGGAUCGAAUGAGGCAUCGUUUUAAAAGAUUUUUCCAAUGAAACUGAUGAAGAAACAUCAUAACUGUCAGCAAUAUUUUUGGAAAUAAUCGUUUCGAGUCUAAAACAAUGUCUCGUUCGAUGUUCGAUAUUUAACAAAAAUACAAAAUAAACGAACGAGAAAUUACUACGAAUAUAUACGAAAUACUACGAAUUCAAUACUCUCGUUCGGUCUUUUACGCGUUUUCGAGUUUGAAGAGAAACAUAGGAAAUUGUAUAUACAUAUGUUAUAUGCAUAAGAUGGGAUCGACGUCGUGCUACCGAGACGAAUAGUAAUACGUUUCACAAUGAUUAUUCAUUUAUUUGUAUUAUCGUCUCUCUCUUGAUUUACUUUCAUCAAUUGAGUUUAAAACUCACCGACUGACUCUAUUAAAAGUUUAUAGUCGCACAGAACUUUUUCCAAGUUCAAAGCUCUUCUCCUAAGACUGCCGAAAAACGCUUAUUAUUUGGAAGCAUCGAUCUUACACGAACCUUCUUCAAUGUAACGGUGACGCGCGCGUGUACCACUUAUAGCGCAUAUAUACCACAUAUACGAUUCGGCACAAAAUCGAUUCGUGCAAUCGCAUUUUUCUGCUCUUUUUGUUUAUUUCUUUUUAUUUUCCAUACAAUACGACCAAGGACAAUUUUCACGUCGAUCGGAUUCGUUUUUUUACGUUCGUUUAGUUACCAAGCUAAUGCGUUUAAUCCUAAAACAAAGGAUCGAACGGAAAUAAAUACCAGUACGAUACCUUGAACAAAGCGAACAAGCUCGCUGCUAUUCCAAUUUCAAUGACUUGUCGUCUCGUUUGACAAACACUCGCAUAUAUCGCGAAAGCUAGUAUUUUUAUCGCAAAUAAUGAAAUCGUUUGAUCAAUUAUAUAAACGCCGUUUUAUCGCUAUAUAAUAAAAAAAAAAAAAAAAAAGGAAAGAAAGAAAAAUAUACGAAUGUAAGUAAUGAAAAGAUUGACGAGCGUAUUCGAUCGUAUUCUUACAAAUGAAAUUCUUCUUCGGUAUGGCGCGAAGACGAUUAUAUUUCUCAAAUAUUAUUCUAAGAAAGACCAAAUUGUACUCUCGAAACUUUCGCAGCAGUCAUUUAUAUUAUUAUCCUCUUAGCAGCGAAACAGCCUAUUGUUUUUAGUGCAUGCUCGUGCACUGACAGUAAUAAGGAAAAAUUAGAAAAGUAAAAAGUAAACGAACAAAAGAACAAAAAAAAAAGAAAAAACAAAAAAGAAAAUAAAAAGAUUUAUGCAUGAGGAUCUGUUUCGAUGGACGCUCGAUUAGUACGGCGAAAAUCAAGGUCAGCAAGAAAUCUGACAAUAAACUGACACGAAUGGCAAAUGCAUACACACGUACACACACACGUACACACACACACACACACACACACCGAUGAUACUGCGCUAUCGCAAAGGCACAUACGCGCGCGCGCGGGGCCAAGCGCAAAUACACAUACUUCCUGUAUGCGCACACGACACCAAUGUUUCUUAGUAUAUGUAUGUAGAACCUAGAAACGGGUUCGAUGAUCAGGUGACACGAUUCCUCUACUCGUAGAUAUGCUCUCAUGAAAAUCUACAUUUCAUUCGAAUAGUCGUUGAAAAAGGCGCGACAUCGUAUCACCUGAUCUCGACGUGCAUACAACACAUAUUGUACCACGAUCAUUUCUCUACCAAUAACGAACAACUCGACGAGCAAUCGCUGGACAAUUACGUAUAAUGAACAUAGUAAAUACACCAAAGACGUGCUCGUAUAUGCAUAUGUACAAUGUGCAUACAGUUAUUAAUUAUACCGUUACUAAUUACCGAUUCGUAUAUCGAGAAUAUGCGACAUUUUUAAUAAAUUAUUUUGAAGAUUG